UUCAUAUAUUCUGUGAUGACCACAUGUGUGAUUUAGUAUUCUUUUCUAUGGUGAUGAUACUGUCUUAUACUGUAUUUAGUCUUAUAUUCAGUCUCAGUGGGUGUUCUGUGUGAGGUAUACAAUUUUAAACUGUAAAGCAAUUGGUACAAAAAAUAAAUCAUUUUAAUUUCUGUCUGGUAAAAUCAUAGACCUAAUACUCGGAGUAUUAUCUCGUGUAAAAUACUAAAAUAAAACAUCGCCCGACGCCCGUCGCCCAUACGCAAUCGGCCAUCAGUACUGUUAAAGCAUAAAGAUAAUUUUACUUAUUUUUGUCUUGUUUUUACGUUCUGCCUUUUGGUAAUAAUUAGCGAUGGUGCGGAUUAUUGGAGAAUGAUCUGAUGGUAUUUUGGACUAGUAAUAAUAUCAGCUAAUAAAUAAUACAGCGUGAAUGAACAGUAAGUACCUUUAUCUAAUUGAAAAACAAACAAUAAAGAGAAUAUAAUUCAAUAUGGAACCAUUAAGAACAACAGUUGAUGAUUGGGCUAUAAAUUCCAAGUAUAAUGAUAUAAUACACAGUACUAGAGUGUUGUCAAUCCCACUUAUUAGAUGUGAUGAUCAAGUAUUUAAUAGAAUUAUUAAACCAGAAAAUAUUGUCGAUCAAGUAUUAAGUGGAAUAAUUAAACAGGAAAAUAUUGAUAGUCAAGUAUUUAAUGGGAUAGUUAAAGAGGAAAUUAUUGAUGAAACAGACCAUCACAAUGAUACUCAAUUAUUACAAAAAGGAACUAAAACUGAAGAAGAAAGAAGCACAGUUGAUAUCGAAAUUAAAUCAGAAAUAGAUUUUAUUGACUGUUAUGAAUUUGAAGGGACAACAGUUUUAAACGAAAGCAACUCUUCAGAAUUUAUUACUGGUAUGAAUUUGGACACGACAUCUAACUGCCGAAGGAAAAAUCCAUUGACUGAUAACCGUGAUAAAAUGUUUACAGCAUCCAAUUCAACUGUGCAUACAAAAAUACAUGUCGGAGACAAACCUUCUACAUAUAGUAUCUGUGAUAAAGGGUUUGUUUCAUCAGGUGAUUUAACAAAGCAUACAAGAACACAUAUAGACAAAAAGCCUUAUAAAUGUGCUAUCUGUGAUCGAACUUUUUCUCUGAAAUCAUACUUAACAAAGCAUACUAGGACGCAUACCGAUCUAAAGGAAUAUAAAUGCGAUAUCUGUAAUCGAGCUUUUCUUCAAAAAAAUAAUUUAUUGAUACAUAUAAGGGUACAUACCGGCGAAAGACCAUAUAAAUGUGAUAUCUGCAAAAAAGCGUUUUCUCAAUCAAGUAGUCUAUCAAAGCAUAUAAGGACACAUUCCGGAAAAAAACCGUAUAAAUGUGAUAUCUGUAAUAAACUGUUUUCUGAAGCUAGAAGUUUAAAAAAGCAUACGCAGGCACAUACCGGGGUGAAGCCUUAUAAAUGCGAUAUCUGUAAAAAAGCUUUUUCGCAGAAAUGUUAUUUAAUGGUACAUAAAAAGAGGCAUACCGGCAAAAAGCCUUAUAAAUGUGCUAUUUGUGAUAAAGCUUGUUCUCAGAAAAUACAUUUAAAAACUCAUAUGAGAACGCAUAUGAAGACGGAUAAUGACGAAAAGCCAUAUAAAUGUAAUAUCUGUGAUAAAAGGUUUUUUGAAACAUCUAGUUUAACAAAACAUACGAGGACACAUACCGGUGAAAAGCCGUAUAAAUGUGAUAUAUGUGAUAGACCUUUUUCUUUGAAAUCAUCUUUAAGAAAACAUAAAAUGACACAUACUAGAGAAAAACCGUAUACAUGUGAUAUCUGUGGUACAAGGUUUUCUAGAAAAUCUCAUUUAAGAAUACAUUCUAGGACGCAUACCGGCGAAAAACCAUAUCAAUGUAAUAUCUGUGAUCGAUUAUUUUCUCAAUCAAGUAAUCUAAGAACGCAUACAAAGAGACAUACCGGAGAAAACCGAUCUAAAUGUGAUAUCUGUAAUAAACAGUUUUCCGGAACAUCUAGUUUAGCAAAGCAUACUAAGACACAUACCGGAGUCAAGCCAUUUAAAUGUGAUAUCUGUAAUCAAGCUUUUUUCCAAAAAAGUACUUUAACAACGCAUACAAGGAUACAUACCGGUGAAAAGCCAUAUAGUUGUGACAUCUGUGACAAGGGGUUUGUUUCAUCAGGUGAUUUAACAAAGCAUACAAGAACGCAUACCGGUGUAAAGCCAUAUAAUUGUGAUAUCUGUGGUAAGAGUUUUGCUCAAUCACCAGAUUUAACAAAGCAUAAAAGGAUCCAUACAGGUGUAAAGCCAUAUAAAUGUGAUAUAUGUAACCAGGCUUUUAACCAAAAAAGUGCUUUAACAAAGCAUACAAGGAGACAUACCGGUGAAAGGCCAUAUAAUUGUGAUAUCUGUGGUAAGAGUUUUGCUCUACCACCAGAUUUAACGAAGCAUAAAAUGACCCAUACCGGUGUAAAGCCAUAUAAAUGUGAUAUUUGUAAUAAAUCUUUUUCUGCGAAUAAAUCCUUAAAACACCAUAAAAUGACACACUUUAAAUAGUCUUUAGAAAUAACAUAUAUACAAAACACUUAAAAUUAUAUAUUAUUUAUUAUUUCUGAACUUUAAAUUUUAAUAAACCUGAACUUCAAUCAUCUCACAGUAAUGUCAAUAAAAAUCCACAUUUCCUCUACUCUCAAUAACUUUUUAAUACUGAAAAAAUUAAUUCUUAUUUAUCUUACUUAAUACCUUUCCUAGAAAAAGAACCCGAUGACUCGAAUGAUAAUGUUAACUUAUUCAAAUCAUAUUUUUCUGAUACAAAUUGUAACAGUACACCAGCAAACAAUACAAAAACGGUCCUUUUCAGGACCACCAUUCGCAGUGCAAUACGACCGCACAAAUGACUAGGACGACUUCGAACCCUUAUUACAGGGCCCCAAGUAGUCCCACACAUAUAAUUCCGAGAGCUACAUGUAGUGAGACUUUAACGAAGCGAACGACGCCAACCCCGCACACACAACCCCAAAGCAAGGUGACAAAGUCACUUUUCGUACCGAACACAAACACAACCGCACACGCACGGUGCGGUAAGCACUAUAUAUACUGGACGUAAUCUCGCACACUGCAUCAGUCUUCCGUCAACUUUCAUACCUUCAACAUCACAGUAACCAGAAGGAACGAAGACCUGAAGACCUUACGAAAUGGCUGCCUACGAUCCAGCGACAACGUACGGAGCAGCAGAAUAGUAGAACGACAAGAACUGGCCGUAGUUCGAUACAAGAUCAAAUCGCCUAAGUCAUUCGACGCCGCCCGCUGACGACAACCACCACAUACAGCCCGACGUCAAGAGUCCGCCGUAACCCAUCACAAGCCGAUCCAGGACCCCGCGACACGCCCAGAGUGUUAACUGCGAUCCACCAGCACGCCCGAAGUACCAGGGCAGCCAGUAGUAACCGACGUAGUGCACGACUAACCGUUUGCAUAUACGCCGACGAUACCAAGACACCUGCCACGCACGGUACCAGGAACGCCGCAGUCAGUGAGUGUUUACGACCGACACCAGCCACCGACUCCAUUGCCACCACUGGAUUCAUCGAUUAGAAGUUAACGUACCUCCCCUCAUCCCCCCACUGAACAAUUGAUCGAGUUGUGUCAAAACCCGGGUACGAUAUAUCAUUGUAGCCACUUCCCGCGAGCCACGCGCAGUGAUAUAUCUACCCCGCCCACACAUUUAUUGUGAAACGCCAACAUCGCCAAAACAUUCCCGUUAUUGUAAAUAGUACCAGGCUUUCGCCGGUCGCACCGAGCUCUCACAGCGACGGUCCGUCUAUUUAGGCCGGCCGUCGCACCCGUGAACUUCGCAGCCCCCCGUUUGUAUAUAAAUUAUAUUUUAUGAAAAUAAAGGAUAAGACGUGAUA